AUGUCAGCGUCGAGGCUUCUGGGUGGAGGAAGGACACAUGGCAGGACUUUGAGGCUCUUCGUAGCAGCCACCAGGACGUACGUUCGCUCAGUCGUAGAGCUGGGGCAGUCAUCGCUAGUCCUCGAGUCAGGAAACCUAGCGAGGCUUGCGGAUGGUUCUGCUUUCGUGCAGAUGGGGAACCUCUCCAUCCUUGGCACGGCGAUGCGAAGGAGGAUGGAAGCCUUUUACAGCAGGAGGAAACCGUUGCUGGUUGAUUACCGUGAGAGGUCGGUGGCGGUGGGAAAGAUCCCGAUCACACAGAAGAGGCGAGAGCUGGGGUUCUCAGACGUCGAGCUGAAGACAAGCAGCAUAGUCCAGCGAGCCCUCACGCCGCUGAUGAACCAGGAGAACCAGUUUGACGUGCAGGUGUUGCUCACCCUCCUCUCCUCCGACCGGAACCUCGACGUCGAAACCUCCUGUAUCAACGCAGCCUCCUUGGCAUUAGGGGUAGCGGGUACUAUCCAGGAGCCUGUAGGAGCUGUUUGCAUCGCCAACAUCGGUGACAGACUUGUCGUCAACCCUUCUAUCGACGAGAGAAGUGUUGCGGAUGCGGAGCUCGUGUAUGCUGGAUGCAGAACAGGAGCCACCUUGGUUCAGUUCAGAGGGAGAGAGCUAUCCACUAGUGAACUCAAUGACAUGCUCUAUGAGGCAAGUAGUCACGUCAUCAAGAUCGUCAAGGCUCAAGCAGACAUUAUCUCCAACUUCGAUCAACAAGCUCCCACUGAUGAUCUCAGCUACGAAGAAAUCUUCGAGCUGGGAGUUAAGAUCAAGCCUUCCAUCAAAGUUAUCCCCACCAAAGAGCUUCUGCACACCGUCAGGAUGGUUGCUGCACCCCAGCUCUCGCAGAUCCUGCAGGACAGCGAGAGCUCAGCGCGAGGGAGGCUGGAGGGGAUGUUGAGGUUGGAACGCGAGACCGGCAGAGUCUUAAUGGGAAACUCGGAGUAUGUUUCCAGGGAGUUGAUAACAAGAAGUCUCAAUAAGAUUGUCGUCGGGGAGAUUCACGACAACAUUCGAGCUUCAGGACGACGGUGUGACGGGAGGAAACCGUUGGAAGCAAGGGCGUCGUCCUACGAGUGUCAAAUUCUUCCCGAAGUUCACGGCUCUACUCUAGCUGAGCUGGGAGAAACACAAGUCCUCUGCUCCUGUGCGGUCGGUCGUCUCGAUUUGAGCAUGAUGCGCGGGGGCUACAUUCGAGGAGAGUAUCUUCAGUCUCUCUUCGUCACCUGGGAACGUCCAGCGUCAGCCAUUGCGACCGUCACAAACUCGAGCUUCUACUACGGGAAGUUGGAAGUUGAUCGAGCUGAGCUCAUCCACUCAUCAAUCUCGCCCGUUAUGGAUCAAGAAUACUCUUAUACUGUUCGUCUGCACUGCGACGUGCUCUCCUCCGACGGCAACGGCGUGAUGGCUGCCGUCGCUCCAGGCGUGCUCGCCAUGCUCAGUGCUGGGGUGGCGCUCAAGAGGAGAGUGAGUGGUACGAGCGUGUGCGCAGUGAAGCGAACCUCGACAGAAUUCGAGGCUGAGGGGGAGGAGGAGGAGGGGGAGGAGCCGAUGCUUAUAUUGGAUCCGACUUUGAUUGAAGAGGAGAAUUGCUGCUACAUCCUCAACCUGGCAGGGACUGAGAAAGGCAUCACGAUGAUCAGCCUUGACUUGCUGACGGGCAAACCUCCUCCCAUCGACGUGAUCGAGGACAUGGUCGACGUCGCUUACACGUCUGUCCGCCAAGAGCUCGAGACUAUCAACGAGGUCGAGAUUGUCCCCCGAAAGCCUGUGGACGAGGAGGUGAAAUUAGAAGUUGAAAUCCCCGAGGGCUCGAGGUCGAAGAUCAUCGCACUCCGAGGAUCAUCGAUCUCUAACAUCGAGGAGCAAUUCGACUGCCAGAUCAACAUCAGCUCCAGAGGCCGGGUCAUUCUCUAUGGCAAGUCAGAAGAUCAGCUGCAGGAGGCAUCGGAGACGAUGUUGAACCUUGUGGCGCAGGGGCGGGCGGGGAGGAGGGAGGAAAAGGAGGAGGAGGAGGAGGGAGCUGAGGAUGAACAGGACGAUGACGUCAUGGUGAAUCGAAACCAAAGGAAGAGGCAGAUGGUGGAGGAGGUAGAAGAGGAGGAGAUUCAGCACGAAUUUUUACUUGAGAUCCCUCCCGACGUGCUGGAACUGAUCAAUCAAAAACUCAUCGGUCACGAUGGCUCUCGCCUUCGCGCACUCGAGGUCAUCACAGGAGCAAGCUUGACGCUGAUGUCAGACGGCAUCCUCAUCCGAGCUAAAGAUCAGCGGAUUGCUCAGAGCGCGAUCGCUGUUGUCAACGUCAGGGUCAAGGAGCUGACCAAGUCGAUGAACCUCAGCGUGCCAAGGAAGGGGAGGUCGAGGAAGUGA